ACUACCCGGAGAUCCCGCUCCUCUCCCCCGACGGAGAUUUCCCUCUGCGCCCCUCCGGGUACCCCUGGUUCAAACCUCUCGCAACGAUAUGGAAGAAUUUUUACAACGCGCCAAGUCUAAACUGAAUCGAAGCAAACGCUUGGAGAAGGUCCAUGUAGUUAUUGGACAUAAAUCGUGUGACUUGGAUUCUCUCAUUUCUGCCUUCACAUAUGCUUACUUUCUAGACAAGGUCAGUCCACCCGGCGUCCUGUGUUUGCCUGUGCUGAACGUACCAAGGACUGAAUUCAGCUACUUCACUGAGACAAGGUUUAUCCUCGAAGAGCUAAAUCUCUCCGAAUCAUUCCACAUAUUCCGAGAUGAAAUUAAUCUGCAUCAGCUGAACGAUGAAGGAAAGUUAUCUAUAACUCUUGUCGGGGGCAGCGUGCUGGCAAGNGAGGACAGAGCCUUAGAGUCGGCCGUCGUCAAGGUCAUCAGCCCGGCCGGGUCCCGCGAGCCUUCCUCCUCCCUGGUGGUGACGGAGAUUCUCCAGGAGGCUCCCGAGCUCAUCACCGAGCAGCUGGCUCAUCUCCUGAGAGGUAGCAUCCUUUUCAAAUACAUGACCAUGGAAUCCGAGAAGAUCUCAGAGAAGCAGGAGGAAAUUCUUUCUAUCCUGGAAGAAAAAUUCCCUGGCUUACCUCCAAGAGAGGACAUUGUCAGCGUGCUGCAGGAGAGCCAGUUUGGUGCUCAGGGUUUAAGUAUUGAGCAGGCAAUGUUGAAGGAUCUAAAGGAACUGUCAGAUGGAGAAAUAAAAGUGGCCAUUAGUACCGUGAACAUGGCCCUCGAGAACUGCAUGUUCCGCAGCAGCAUCGCCACUGACCUGAAAGCAUUUACAGACAAGUUCGGCUUCGACGUGCUCAUCGUCUUGGCCCGCUCCCUGUCGGAGGAGCAGCGGCCCAGGCAGCAGAUCGCCGUGUACUCCGAGAACCUCGAGCUGUGCAGCCAGAUCUGCUGUGAGCUGGAGGAGUGUCAGAAUCCUUGCCUUGAGCUGGAGCCCUUUGAAUGUGGCUGUGAUGAGAUCCUGGUGUACCAGCAGGAGAACGCAUCAGUGACUUGUGACCAGGUGGUUCUCCUUGUCAAGGAAGUCAUCAAUAGAAGGUGUCCAGAGAUGAUCUCCAACAGCCGGACGUCCUCCACAGAAGCCGUGGCAGGCAGCGCCCCGCUCUCCCAGGGGUCAUCCGGGAUAAUGGAGCUGUACGGCUCUGACAUUGAGCCACAGCCCAACUCUGUGAAUUUCAUAGAAAACCCUCCAGAUCUCAGUGAUUCUAAUCAGGCCCAGGUGGAUGUCAACACAGACCUCGUUAGCCCAGAUAGCGGGUUGGCCACCAUUAGGAGCAGCCGUUCAUCCAAGGAAAGUUCGGUUUUCCUCAGUGAUGACAGCCCAGUAGGAGAAGGUGCUGGGCCUCACCAUAGCCUCCUCCCAGGGUUUGACUCCUACAGUCCCAUCCCUGAAGGGGCGGUGGUGGAGGAGCAUUCCCUGUCCAGAGAACAUAGGGAACACUUUGACCUCUUCAACUUUGACCCAGCACCCAUGGUUUCUGGACAGUCCCAACCCUCUUCCCAUUCCGCUGACUACUCCCCAGCAGAUGAUUUCUUCCCCAACAGUGAUUCGUCAGAAGGACAGCUCCCCAUGGGACCUAAGGGACUCAAUGGGAUUGGGAUGGACACUUCUAAUUACUCAUCCAGCUCACUUUUGUCAGAGGCUGGCAAAGAUAACCUUGUGGAUUUUGAUGAGGAGUUUGUCCAGAGACAAGAAAGUCCUGAGGAUAACUCUCAAAGAAACUUGAGCCUGACAGGUUUUGUGGGAGAUGAAUCUCUUUCUCCAGAAAGGCUGGAAAAUGUUGGAAAGAGGGUCCCACCAACACCUAUGAAUAGCUUUGUAGAAAGCUCACCAUCCACUGAAGAACCAGGUCUACUCUAUUCAGAAAACAAGACCCAAAAACCAGUCGAUGCAGGUCCCACAGGGCCACCUCACACACGUGGGCGGUGCAGCAGCUGGUGGGGUGGCUUGGAAAUUGACUCUAAAAAUAUUGCAGAUACCUGGAGUUCCAGUGAGCAGGAGUCUGUCUUCCAGAGCCCCGAAUCCUGGAAAGAGCAUAAGCCAAGCCCAGGGGAGAGGAGAGCCUCAGAUUCUAUAUUUCAACCAAAGAGUCUCGAAUUCUCAAAGUCAGGUCCCUGGGAGUCAGAAUUUGGUCAGCCCGGGCUGGGCAACAAUAACAUUCAAGACCAAAAUGAGGAAAGCUUGCAGUUUCAGAGCCUGCCCGCUGAGAAGUCGCAUUUGCCAGACGCUCCUCCUCGGGGAACAAACCAUCUGAUAGAUGACUUUGCUGCUCUGUGGCGUUCUGAUCGCUCUCCCACAGCCAUGCCUGCACCGUGGGGCAAUCCCACGGAUGACGGUGAGCCAGCUGCCCCAGCAUCAUUCCCAGCCUGGGGUGCAUUCGGUAAAGAAAAUGACACUGAGGCUUUGAAAAAUACCUGGAAUCUGCACCCAACGAGCGGUGAGACACCUUCUGUGAGGGACCCGAAUGAGUGGGCCAUGGCAAAAAGUGGAUUUUCUUUUCCUGCAGAAGACCUGGUGGACAAUUCGGCCAGUGAGGCAAAUAAUGAAACAGCUCCAGAAAUCUGGGGCACCAAGAACCAUGACUCCAGGGCUAACAUCCUUAUGCCUGGAAACCCCAGGUCUGAUCUGGAUCAUGCCUGGGAUAGUGCUAAGCCAGCAAAGGAUCAGGACGGUGGCCUGGAUCCAAAAAUUAGGGGGAAUGUGUAUGAAAAGGUGGAUUCCUGGAACCUUUUUGAGGAGAGCAUCAAGAAAGGAGGGUCGGAUGUCCUAGCUCCUUGGGAAGAUUCCUUCUUAACAUAUAAAUGUUCCGAUUACAGUGCAUCCAACGUAGGGGAAGAUUCAGUGCCCUCCCCCUUAGAUACUAACUAUUCCACCUCUGAUUCUUAUACAUCACCAACAUUUGCUGGAGACGAAAAAGAAACCGAAAACAAGCCAUUUGCUAAAGAGGGAGGUUUUGAGUCAAAAGAUGCUAACUCUACCACGGAGGAGGCUGAAAUCCCAGCCCAGUCACCGCUGCAGGCCCCGAAAAAACGGGUGACUUCAGGUCCUGGGAACCUAGAAAUGUGGGCUCCACCUCAUGCAGAUGAUAGUUCUGAAAUAAAUGCCACUCGCAGCCCAGAUAAGGAUUUACCGAAGACAGAGCCCACAGAUGACAAGGACGCCUCCCUGGAGGAUGACGCUGGAGAAAGCAGCCAGUCGAGCUCCGACGACCCCAGCAUGAUGCGGCUGUAUAAUGAAACCAACCGGCAGCUCACGCUCCUGCACAGCAGCCCCAGCUCCCGGCAGGCGGCGCCCGACAGCCUCGACCUGUGGAACAGAGUCAUCCUGGAGGACACCCAGUCCACUGCGACCAUCUCGGAUAACGAUUUGGACUGGGAUGACUGCAGCGCGGGCGUGGCCAUCCCUGGGGAAGGUCGGGCACAGGAAUAUGGGGCUGAAGGCACCGAACCCGAAACCCGGUUCUCAGUGAGACAGCUAGAACCGUGGGGCGUGGAGCACCAGGAAGCAAAUCAGGCCGACUGGGGCCUCCCUGCUUCUUACGAGCCCGGCGAGGAUGCGGCUCUCAGCCAGCAUCAUGCACUGAAUGAAAAAAGUGGACAACUCAUCGCGAAUAGUAUUUGGGAUUCUGUCAUGAGAGAGAACAACGUGGCAUCAUUAAUGUUACCAGGUCCAUCGUAUGUUACAGAUUCAGAAGAGAGCAGAUUGCCUCCCGAAACUCCCAGCUCAUCGGAAAACAUUAAGGACAGUUCCAGUUCAGACGUGCUAGGAACCUCUGGAGCCAGUGAGUCAGGAGCAUUUGGUCCAGACCAGAAAGACACAUUCAGAGGAAACCUGCCAGGCGAUACAGCGCCCCUGGCAACCAGGCUGGAGAACCCAGGGCAUUUCGUAGGCUCAGAUCCAUGGAAAGGUCCUAGCUAUGGAGAAAGUGAAAGUGAGAAGGAAACCCACAGAGUCGUAGAUAGGGAGCACCUGAGUGAGGAGGAGAACCCAGGGCAUUUUGUAGGCUCAGAUCCAUGGAAAGGUCCUAGCUAUGGAGAAAGUGAAAGUGAGAAGGAAACCCACAGAGUCGUAGAUAGGGAGCACCUGAGUGAGGAGGAAGUGACAGAUGGAGCCUUGGGGACUUCUGGAAAAGGACAAGGUGACCAGGAAUGCUCUUCCUUAGUUGCAUCUGAACAUGAAGAAAUCUGUGAUGAGUCAGGCAAAAUCAGCUCUCUUUCAGUCACUUCAAGUCCUCAGACCGAGGAACCCCAGGAGGUUUUAGAGCAUGAGAAGGGAUCUUACAAUUUAGACCCCUGUGAUGUGCAAACAGAGGUGCCCACAAAUCACCUGCAGGCAGGAGAGACCUGUGAAAAGCACUUCAUGAAUCACAGAAAUUCAGGUGAAACUACUGAAAUUUCAGAUAGGCCGAACUUAACAAAAAGUGUAUCUUUUCCUGAAAUGAAUCUUGAGAAAACUGAAGAAUAUAACAUUCUGGAGCCAGAGAGAGUGAACCAAGAGCCAUCUCCUGAAUGUCCCCAAAGCCUUGAUGUUUGGGAUGGCCCUGUAGACAGUGAUGUGCAGGUCAGUUACACAAGUUCUGACACAACUAAGAAUCUGGAAGGUAAGAGUGCUGAAAGCAGCCCUCCGGCAGCCAGUUCAUCCGGAAAUUACGACAGAGACAGCAUUUCUAGUGAGUGUACACAUUCCAGUGCAUCAAGUCCUGACCUCAAUGAUUCUUCGGCUGCACUGCUUUCUUGGGAUCAUGGACCCAAUACUGGGCAUCAGGAGGAGACUCAAGAUGAUUGGAGUAAAGAAUCUGGACUAAUUACUACUGAUGACCAACUAGAAGUGAUUACCGAAAUGAAGGACCCAGAGGAAAACAGAAUGGAUGGGUUUGAAAGGAGAUUAGAUCACAAGGUUCCUAAAUAUUUGGAGAUAUGGAAUGACUCGAUAGAUGGUGAUUCCUUUUCCUCUUUAUCCAGCCCUGAAACAGGCAAAUAUUCUGAAUAUUCAGGUGCAUAUCAGGAAAGAAAUCUAGUGGUUAGCCAUCAGGAGAAAAAUGAACCUGAUAUUCCUGACACUGUGCAGCCGGAGGAUGCCAAGUCCACUUCAACAAGCUCAGGUUCUGAUGAUGACAGUGUAGGUAAUGAGGAGUCAGUGGAGAAGGAGAGCAAUCUGGCCACUUCCCAGGUUGCUCAGAGUGAACCCAGAGCUUGGGACUCAUUCAAUGAACCUACUAAGCUCUUGGCCACGGCAGAUCCCAAGUCUGAGGAGUUAUCUGCCUACGUAGGCAGUUCAGGACCAGCAGAGAAUGAGGCUACAUCAGACCCGUUCUCUGACCAUCAACAAAGCAGCCCUGAUCACGGCGAUUUCUCACCACAAAAGGAGAGUGACAUACAGAUAACAGCAGCGGAUAAGGAGACCAGAUCUCCAGGAACAGGGAAGGCAGGAAAUAUCAUAUGGCAAGUAUCUCCCAAAACUGAACCAAAGAAUGAAAACUAUUCUAAACUGGAAAUGCUUGACUUCUCAGCCGAGGGCACUGAGUGGUGGAAUGCAUCUCUCCAGGAAGGGCAACCAAUGGAGAGUGCAUUUGAAGGGGAACUAUCUAACUCAGGUGGUAUGUUAGAGAUGAAGCCUUCAGUAUACCAAAAUGUCGGUCCCUGGGGCGUACCCAUUCAGGGUGACAUGGAAUCCAUGGAAACAUAUUGUACUAAUCCUUUCAAUGAUGAACAUCAGUCAUCCUUUCUGGAUAGUAAUGGGGACAACACCCAUGAGCAACUUUGGAACAUUCAACCAAGGCAGCCAGACCCAGAAGCUGAUCAGCUUAGCCAGCUUGUAGUAUUGGACCAAAUUAAAGAAAAGGAUCCCAGAGAGGAAACUUUCACAUCUUCUGCUAGUGACAAACUCACUCCUGAAACACCUACCCAAGAGCAGUGCCCCGAUACAGUGCUGUCCGUCUGGGAUCAGACAGACCGAACACUUACUCACAUGGAUGAAAAUGGAGGUGUUCUAUCUAAUGCCUCAGCUAUUGAGUGUCAAGAAACAAAUUGGUGGGAGGAAGAAAAAUCGUACCCCAGUGAAAUGACAAAUUCAAGCAUUGCCUCAGAAAAUUUACCUGCUGUCAGUUCUUCUACCCAGUUGAUAAAGAAGUCAGGUGCUGAAUGGAAUGGCUCUACUCCUAGUGAGGGCCCCCAAAGCACGUUUGUUCCAGAUAUCUUACAUGGCAACUCUCAAGAGGGUGGGCAGCUGGCCUCAGCUUCACCUGACUUGUGGAUGGAUGCUAAACAGCCCUUCAGUUUGAAAGCAGAUGGUGAGAAUCCUGAUAUACUGACUCACUGUGACCAGGACAGCAAUUCUCAGGCUUCCAACAGCCCUGAUAUUUGUCACGAUCAUGAAGCCAAGCAAGAGACUGGGCAGCACAUGAGUGCUAGGAUAGGACCCACAGGGGAAGCCAGUGAGUUAUAUCUCACAGAGCCGAAGUUGGAUGAAGAACCCAAUCACGAGCCCGGGCAGGAACUUGUUCCAUACAAUUCAAAACUAUAUUCUGAAAACACAAUUCCACUGCCUCCAGCCAGCGAUCAAGCAAACACUAAUGGCUCAUCUCAGCCUGCUGCCUCUCACAAUGAUUCUCCCGAACCUUCUGAAAUAAAUGAUGAAAAUGACACAGGUUUAAAAGCAUCAGAAAAAGGAGCCGAUAUGGCGCCAAUCUUGGAACCCACGGACAGAGCAAUCCCAGUGAUUAAAGAGGUGGGAACCAGUAUUUUUGUAACUCACCAAGAGCCAACCAUGGACGGCAACGGGUCUUGGAUCUCAGAGGACUUUUCUCCUGAAAGUCAGACAGGUGAAGCAGCCUUGUUGGACCUUGAGCAACCUUUGACUGCUGAGAACCCUGCCUUGGGUCCUGACGCUCUGCUAGCCUCAGACACUUGUCUGGAUGUCAGUGAAGCUGCCUUUGAACACAGUUUUAGUGAUGCCUCAGGUCUCAAUACGUCCACGGGAACAAUAGAUGACAUGAGUAGAUUGACAUUAUCAGAAGGCAACCCUGAUACGCCAGUGGAUGGGGAUGCUGGGAGGCAAGAUAUCUGUUCAUCUGAAGCCUCGUGGGGUGAUUUUGAAUAUGAUGUCAUGGGCCAAAACAUUGACGAAGAUUUAAUGAAAGAGCCUGAGCACUUUCUCUAUGGUGGUGACCGUCCCUUGGAAGAAGAUGCUCUGAAGCAAUCACUGGCACCAUACACACCUCCCUUUGAUUUGUCCUACCUCACAGAACCUACUCCUGGUGUUGAAAUGACAGGGGAAGCUGGGACUCCAGAGGAUAAGUCUCUGGGGAGUGAAGCAGGAGAGAUAUUACUUUCUGCUCUUCCUGAUCUAAGCAGCAAGGAAAACCACACUGAGCCCCAAGUCAGACAACCUGAACGCCAGCUGGCUGUACUACAUAUUCACGAAGAGCCCGAAUCAGUUACUUUGCCUGGAAGGGGCGACUCCAACAUGGAGUUGUCUCCAUCCAACAUCGACUGGGAAGCAGAAACAGAUCAUUCCGAUUCACCAGCAGGUGGAGACAUAGGACCAUUAAACGGUGCCAACAAGAGAAUAUCGGAGUUUGCAGAAGAAGCAGUAAUUCCUACUGAGGAGCCUGAACAGAUAAAACCAGAAUGUGGGGAAGAAAGGAACACAGAGAAAAAUGAAGAACAUCAAGCACAACACAUGGACUACAUACUUGUCAAUCAUGAAGAAAAUUCACCUCCAGAGCCAGAGGCCUGUGAAGCCAGAGAAAGCAUAUCUGAAUCAGAAGAGUCUCAUGUAGGUUCCAAACCAAUGGGGCUGCAAGGAGCUCAGUCAGCAAGCUUCCCAGACACCUGUCAGCCUGACUCCUUAAAUGAAAGACAAGAUCAUUCUACAGAGAGAAUGUCUUCCAAAGCUGAUACGAGAUCAUCCCUUGAAAGCCCUGGGCAAGAACAGAGCUGGUUGGUCUUGGGCCAUAGUGAGGUUGGCCAUUCAUCACCAGAAGCUAGGGACAAAAGGCCUGAAUGGCCUGACAGGGCUGUGGAGCCCGCCUCUGAUCAUAACCUGAGCAUGGGUCCCCAAAUGCAGGCCCUGGAAGAAACAAAGCCUCUAGAAUCUGUAGCGAUAGAGGAAGCCUCUGGUCUGGGCAGCCAAUCUCGGAAGAGCAAGAGACGAAGCAGGGCUGGCCCAGAUGCAGUUCUGUUGCAGACUGUCACCCAUGACAGUGAAUGGGAAAUGCUGUCACCACAGCCUUCUCAGAAAAACAUAAUCCCUGCAACGGAAAUGGAGGAGGAAACAGAGUUUCUUGAGCCCAGAACAAGGAAACCAAGACCAAACGGACCGCUGUCAGAGGAUGUAGGAAUGGACAUCCCCUUUAAGGAGGGAAUGCUGAGCCCCAGUGCUGCAGACAUGAGGCCUGAACCUCCUAAUUCUCUGGACCUUAAUGACACUCAUCCUCAGAGAAUCAAGCUCACAGCCCCAAAUAUCAAUCUUUCUCUGGACCAAAGUGAAGGGUCUGUUCUCUCUGAUGAUAACCUGGACAGUCCGGAUGAAAUCGAUAUCAACGUGGAUGAACUCGAUACCCCCGAUGAAGCUGAUUCUUUUGAGUACGCUGGGCAUGAGGAUCCCACAGCCAACAAAGAUUCUGGCCAAGAGUCCGAGUCUAUUCCAGAAUAUACAGCAGAAGAGGAGAGGGAGGACAACCGGCUGUGGAGGACAGUGGUGAUUGGAGAGCAAGAGCAGCGGAUUGACAUGAAGGUCAUCGAGCCCUACAGGAGAGUCAUUUCUCAUGGAGGAGAUUCAGGAUACUAUGGGGACGGCCUAAAUGCCAUCAUUGUGUUUGCCGCCUGCUUUCUGCCAGACAGCAGUCGGGCGGAUUACCACUAUGUCAUGGAAAAUCUUUUCCUAUAUGUAAUAAGUACUUUGGAGUUGAUGGUAGCUGAAGAUUAUAUGAUUGUGUACUUGAACGGUGCAACUCCAAGACGGAAGAUGCCAGGACUGGGCUGGAUGAAAAAAUGCUACCAGAUGAUUGACAGACGAUUGCGAAAGAAUUUGAAAUCAUUCAUCAUUGUUCAUCCAUCUUGGUUCAUCAGAACACUCCUUGCAGUGACACGACCUUUUAUAAGUUCAAAAUUCAGCAGUAAAAUUAAGUAUGUCAGCAGCUUAUCAGAGCUCAGUGGGCUGAUCCCAAUGGAUUGCAUCCAGAUUCCAGAGAGCAUCAUCAAGUAUGAUGAAGAGAGAUCUUAUAAGAGAAGCGUGAGACUGGAUGAAGAACUGAGGGAAGCAUCAGAAGCAGCUAAAACCAGCUGCCUUUACAAUGACCCAGAACUGUCUUCUACGGAGAGGGGUCUUGACCUGAAGCUGAAAGAAAAGCCCUAGUUGGCUGUGGCAGGAAGAAGAAGAUGCUUUUCUGCUUCGUGGUUCUGUUGAAAUACAUCUACCUGGAAGGGACAGGGCGGAUGGUACUGUUUCCCACCUUGCACUACCUGGUGCCAUUCAAAUUCCUAAGGGGAAAAGCAGUAAGGGAAUUUGUUUACUCUUAACGUGUUUUAUGAAAUUGUGUGUAUUAUCCUAUUUUGCCAAUUAUGUGCCUCAAAGAUUUUAGUUGAACCUUAGCAAGAAAGUAGGACGUUCCAUUUCCAUAUUUUGUUAACCCUGGUGCAGUGGUAUUUCAUCUCUUAGACUGGUAUUGACCAAUAAGAUAACUUCAAUUCACUAUUAAUUAUGAGUGAAUUUGCUUUCAUAGAUUAGCUGGGUUUCUCUACAGUGAUCAUUUUAGGUUUAAAAUACACAGGGUUCAACUCUCCCUGGAAAAGUUGUCCCCACAUAACUCCACUUUUAAGACCCUAAACUUGCUUAACACAGCCAGAAAACAGACACAAGUGAAACCACCGUCAGCUAAGUGCCAUCUUGGUUCUAGUCCACAUGAAUGAAUUGUCUCUAAGUUCCAGUUCACAUCAAUUUUAUUUUAGUAAUCAAAUUGGGCAUCAUGUUUUCUGUUAAUUAGUUUUUUUAAAUCAUUUCUCCAAUGAAUGUUAAAGACCUCUGCGUUGAGAAACUUAAGGAUCAUUGUUCACAUUUUUGGUAGCUGUCUGUGCUUCAGGUCAUAAACUUAAGUGAAGAUAUUGUACUUUAAAUGUCAAGGUGUCAAGGGUAAGGUGACCCAUUUAGAAAUUCAUUAUUUGGUAACAUGCCAUUAUCUGAAUUUCUCUCUUACAUACUUAUAAAAAGUAAUCUUCUUUAAAACAUUCUAAUUUAAUCACAGAUUUAAAAAUUAAAUAUGAGGAUGUACUAUUGUUUGCAAAAUAACCCUUUAUCAUCUUCAUAUACCCUUUAAAAUACCAAUGUGAUUUUGAAUCUAUGGGCCUCUAAUGGAGGGGAUGGCGGACUACAGCCCAAGGUAUCACGACACCUGUUUUCAUCCGGCCUUCUAGUUAAGACUGGUUUUCACACUUUGAGUUGAAAAAUUUUUUUAAUAUUGUAUGACACAUGAAAAUUAUUCAACUUUCAGUGUUCAUAAGUAAAGUUUUACUGAAACACGGCCACACAACUUCAUUUAAGAACUCUUUGUGGCUACUUUCACACUCUAACAGCAGAUUUGAGUAGUUGCAAUGGACCAUGUGGCCUAUAAAGCUGAAAACAUUUCUUAUCUUUAGAUAAAUUUGCUGAGCCCUGCCCUGGCACAUACAUCCUUUGCCCACUCCCUCAUUUGUUUAUGUAGAUAUUUGUUUCUCUAACAGAAUGGGGGAGUAAGGCUGCAAACUAAUUUCUUCUUAAAAAAUAAAGUUGGGCAGAAAAAUCUAUGGCCUGCUGAAAAAGAUUGUGUUUACAUGACCCUCAGUGAAGCCCGCUAAGAAGGCUUUCGGCUGUUUAUAAGUGUUGCUGAGGUCCUGAUCAUACUCUGGGAGUUAUUCUUAGUCUCCAGUGUCACCUAGUACUAAUUAGCAAAAACAAAACUGAAGUGGAAAAUGGGGUUCCACCCUAAUCUUAGGGUGGUAACUACACCCAAGAGAGCUGACUGUGACACUCUGAGCCCUGGGUAUGAUAAGCUUUGAAAUGCUUUGAAGUGGACAUCUUUGCACAGGUGACUGACUUUCACCAACUCAUUGGCUUCAUGUUGGUCUCCCACCCAUCUUCCAGACAUGCUCUCAUACCUCCAUAAGCCAUAGUUAUCUAUGUUCCCCUCUUGGUCCCUAUCAGCUGAGUGUCUUUGAGUCUUCUCCCUCAUAACAUCUGCUUGUCUUGUAGCAAAGCCCCAGAGCAUACCUUCUCUCACAGCCCAGCUCCAGCUUUGGAAGCCCAAAUGUUGCCUCUGUCUUAGAACUUAGUGUUGACAUAAGUACAGUGACCCAGUAUUCCCGUUUGUUCGCCCAUUGACUGUUGUUGCCCUUCCAUAAUUAUCAAUGAUGCUUCCUUUUGCUCAGUUGUGUCCCAUUUUGGAAGAUGAAUUACAUGGCCCCCUAGCCACAGGAAGUAAUGAAGAAGUCAGUGUUCAACUUAAUGGUAAAGCCUGAGGACACAGAGCUCUUGAUAGUGGGCUUUUGUUACAUUCAGUGAGACACGGCAACAAUCUCACCAUUCAUAUUUUCUUUGAACUGGUCCAGCCUUCUCAUGGAAGACUACUCAGGUGGUAUCCUGUUUGAAGUUUAACCUUCUUACACAGAAAUUACAAGCAUCCUUUCCAAUCAGUGGUUUUAUUUGGGCUGCUCUAUGGGCUGUGUAACCAUGCUGAUAGUUAGGCAUUUGCUAUUUUCUUAUCUUAAAAGGACAAAUUAAUUUCAUUGCAUGUGCUAGAGAAAAGCCACCAUGUGAAUUCAACCCAAAUAAAUAGAAUCCUAGAAGAAUCCUGAAGAAAUCCCUAAGCAGAUAGGCAGAUGUAAACAUUCACAUUAGCUCUUCUAGAUCAUGCAUCCUGAACAUUCUUGCUUUGGUUCUGACUUCUGGAAACUGUUUUGCACUUUUUCUGUAGAUUUGUAGUUAAGGGAACCAAGGGUUUGUUGGGGCAAAAGUAUUGCUUUCCCAAAGUGGCAACGGCUCUUUGCUUAGCUCCUUGAUUAAGACAAAGAACCAAAAUUCUGCACAGAAGAUACUGUCAAGGAGUGAGGGCAAUUGCUGGGUAUGGAAGAAAACCCUGAAGUUCCUAUUGAAGCCAUACAAUGUUUUAUGGGGUUAUCUUCCAAGACACACUCCAAGAUGUGUGAGGAAGUCACUACUCCAAGCUUGUGUGUUAUCAAGAUCAAUUUUAAAUAUUCAUUUAUGGUACUGUGUUUGCAACACUCAUCUGAAUCACCAUGCCUCCGUAGUUUGCUCCCUUAGGGACAUUUAUGUGUGCACAAAUUAAUCUUUUAUAUAU